CAGCCCGGCUGUGUGCUAGCAGUAUCUGUGGGCGUGUUGACGGAUAGCAGUGGCAGCUGACUCAAUACUUGCCAAACUGCGGACUGUCCAGCUCACUACUUCCGUGACGCCCGACACGCUGACUGAAGAUGUUUGCCAGAAAGUUAAUUGGUGGCCUGAUUAAUGUCAUCGGGAACAUCGACCCAGCCCAGUUUAUUCCCUCUGAUCCUCCUCCACCCCGCAGACCUCUUGCAUAUGCCGAGCAGCAUGAGAGUGAUGAGGAGAAACAGUUCCGCAGGGUUUUCCAGCAGUUGGCUGGAGAUGACAUGGAAGUGAGCCCAACUGAACUGAUGAACAUUCUAAACAAAAUCAUUGGCAAACAUGGAGACCUCAAGACGGAUGGUUUUACAAUUGAGUCUUGCAGGAGCAUGGUGGCAGUCAUGGAUAGCGACAGCACUGGAAAACUUGGCUUCCAUGAAUUCAAACAUCUCUGGAAUAACAUCAAAAAAUGGCAGGGAAUAUACAGGGACCAUGAUUCAGACGGCUCCGGUUAUAUUUGUGCACAGGAGCUGCCAGAUGCUUUCAGAGCUGCUGGGUUUCCUCUCAGUGAGCAGCUGUUCCAGAUGCUAAUUCGCAGAUACAGUGACGAGAGCGGAAACAUGGAUUUCGACAACUACAUAGGCUGUCUCGUAAGGCUGGAUGCCAUGUGUCGUGCCUUUAAAACACUGGAUAAGGAUAACAAUGGGACUAUCAAAGUCAACGUUCAGGAGUGGCUUCAACUGACCAUGUAUUCUUGAGUUCAGAAGAAUAUUCCUGCUUGGAAUCUUUGUUUUUAGAUGUUACUUCUAUAUACAUUUUAUGCACCUCUUAUCAACUUCACUUUCUUUCUUUUUUUAUUUCUCCCACUCAUUUGUCUGUGAAUGUUAUUUUCAGAUCAAUGCAUGAUCACCAGAGCAUUGCUCUGCAACAGCUGUGCCACACUACUAAGAUAUAAACAAUGUAGUCAACCCAGGGAAGCACAAACAGUUUGCUGAAGACAACUUAGUUUGCCAAUGUGAUUGCGUGUUAAGUUUGUGCCACAAUCACUUUUAAUCUGCACCCAAGUCAAAAUGAAAUGUGAAGAGGGUGUCCAGUACAUGCGGCAUGGCGUAGUGGGUAGAGCAACUGUGCCAGAAACCUGAGGGUUGCAGGUUCGCUCCCCGCCUCUUACCAUCCGAAUAUCGCUGCCGUUGUGUCCUUGGUCGGGACACUUCACCCUUUGCCCCCGGUGCCACUCACACCGGUGAAUUGAAUGAUGAAUAAUAGGUGGUGGUCGGAGGGGCCGUUGGCGCAAAUUGCAGCCACGCUUCCGUCAGUCUACCCCAGGGCAGCUGUGGCUAUGAAAGUAGCUUACCACCACCAGGUGUGAAUGAAUGAUGGGUUCUACAUGUAAAGCGACUUUGGGUACUUAGAAAAGCGCUAUAUACCGGUAAAUCCCAGGUAUUAUUACAUGCACAUGAAUUUCAUAAACACUGUAAAAUGUCAAGUAGCAGGUCAUGAAAUUUUCAUUUUAUUCAACAAAUUUAAGGUUUUCAGUUUAAAAUGUGUACGUUCCACUUUUUAAAAACUUUUUUCCAUUGUAUGUCACGAGACAUAAAGCUGUCGAUUUUAGUACACUUCAUUUUUAAUUCAUUUUUAAUUUGUGACAAAGCGGCAUGGUUUGAAGUAUAGCAAUAAGGUGGAAAAAUGCAUGAGCCUAUUUCAAUAUCAAAUCUGAUUACUAUCUUUGGUCACAAACUCAAAUCCUAGUCCACUGUGAUCUUAUUACUAAAAAGUGCCUGCUUAAGUGGGCAUCAACAUACAUGAUUGUCAGUUUAAAAUUUGAGACCCAAAUUAGCAAUUUCUAUGAAAAAAUGGUCAGUUUAUGUUGACGUGUUGCAGCAUUCUUAGUUUUUUGGGAUAUGAAUAUUAAAACAGCUGACGUUUCCAUUCAAUUCCAAUUCUUAUGGGCAUGAUUCUAUUGAAAAUCAGGUCUUGAUUCAACACGAUUCUCAAUUCUAAUUGAUUCUCACAAUAUAUAUUUUCUGGUAUAUAAACAACAAUAAAACCUUUUUAAAAACAGGUCACAAAAGCUCCCGUUGACUGCAGUACGCAACUAUUUUAAAUAGGAUUAUAAAAUAUAAUGAUAAAUAAAUUGACCAUCCUGCUUCUGUCUCUUGUAAAGUAAUUCACAAGCAAUAAUGGAUUUUAGUUUGGAUUUUGGCUAUGUCGACAACCACUUAGGUUGACGUCAAUGAGCUAUCAGAGGGAUGUUGACUUAAACAGGUUCCACUGCAUAGAAUAAAGUGUUAUAAAAAGUAUAUACAUCAAUUCAUAGAGAGUACAAUGUAAUGUAAUGUCACCUCAUAUUCAUAGUUUUAAUAGUUAAUUGACUGAAAGAGUUUGUUGUAUAACCAAGCCGUUUCACACGUGGUUUUAAUUUGUUUAAAGAUAAAAAGACAUGGGAUUUUUUUUUUUUGACAUGUUGACAAUGUGCCAUUUUCUGUUCAGCAUUAAUGCGACACCUUACCGCUUUUUAUGUGUACUAUUUGUUACCUGCACAUUUGGUGGAUAGUCUCCACCAGCAUAGUAUGUGAAAUCAUUAUAGGUGGCCACAUUUGUAUGCCACUAAUGCAUGCUGGCAAUAAUUAAGGUGCCUUUUUCAAAGUUUGUUAUUGUAGAUGUCGCCCAUUUAAACUGCUUGAGAAAAUAUGUAUUUGUGCUGUGUUGGGAAUAAAGAAGGUGUGGUCAUCA